GCGGCGUACGAGACAGCACUGGCCGAAGAGAGGAGGAUACGACAAGAGAACGAGCAGAAGCAGGCGGCCGAGAUGGCCCAGAUGUACAACUACAUUCAAAGUCUUUCUAUCCAAAUGGGUAAUCCCAUCCCAGCCAUGCAAUUCCCUGUGGCUCCUCCUCCUACUACUCCUCCGAAUCUAUCGGCGGCAUCGAAUACGCCAGAAUUGUCGCCGGGCAUCUCACCGACGCUCCCACAGCAGUUGUUCCCGCCUCAGUUCGGCGGCGCCCCACCGUUCGACGACCCACCACAGCCAUAAACUUGUUUAUUUCAAUAUUUAUGGACUUGUG